AUGCUGUUUAUUGUCUUUUUGGGGUCCUUCCAACCCCACAGCCACGCCUACGUUGUCGCCGUCAUCGAGCUCCGCUUCCGCCUCUUUGCUAUGAGGAUUGUUGUUGCUAACAUUGCACUCUUUUUAUUUUAUUUUGUGCCCUUUGCGGCUCCUCUGGAUCAAGAGGUAACUGCGAGUCCUGGAGAAGAUGCCAUUCUUCAGUGUCAGGGUCCCAGAGUUGUGGAGAUCACCCUGUUGGAGUGGAGCAAACCUGAGCUUAAGUCCGAUGUCUAUGUAUUCUUCUACAGAAACCAGCGCCUAUAUGAAAACUACCAGCACUCGUUCUAUAAAGGCCGAGUGAAGCUGAGAGAUCCAUCAAUGAAAGAUGGAGACUGUUCAGUGAUUCUAAGGAAUGUCAGCAUCAGGGAUGCAGGAACAUAUGAGUGUCGCAUUACAACCAGAAGAAAUAAGGGCGUCCAAAGUGAGUUCAAGCACUCCAUCAAGCUCACAGUCAAAUCCUCAGGUUUCACGGAUGAAGACACCGAGAAUGGAGGAGAAAAGGUUCGAGAAGAGAAGGUCAGAGUAGAGAAGGAUGGAGGAAAGAGUAAUUGGUAUCUUUCUGGUGUGCCAAUCACUUUUUUUAUUUUUGCUAUACCUGCUGUUGUAAUUAUCUACAAAAGACUAAAAAAAUGUAUGAAAAGUCCUGAAAAAGCACUAAAUAACAGAUCUGAAUCCUUACCUCUUUCCUCCUGAAUGACUGUGGGUCCUGCUGUUGCACAGCAAUGAAAACAUCUUUGUAAGACUACUAGAGAUCCAUGCUGCAUUAGUCUUGUUUUUGUCCAUUUAUGAUGGUUCAAAAUGCUCAGUUUAACCACAAUAAUAAAUAUCUGCACAGGUUACUCUCAGGAAUCAGAUUCUCUUGUCAAGUGAGGAAAGGUAGUAGUGUGGGCAAACUAUCGUUAUGGGUCGUGACCUGUAAAUUAUACAGGUUGUUACGCACAUUAUUAAGUAUUUGAAGAUCUUCACUUUUAUUACCUCUACAGCCAGUCAGCCUGCCCCCUUCCCUGACAUCAGUCCAGUUCUGCCAAAAAGGCUAAAGCUUCAGAGUCUGCUGUCAAAGCUGCUACCUCUCAGUUUAUUACAGAGGUCACUGUUGUAGCUCGUCUGCACGGGGCAGUGGUUUACUUCUUCUAAAGUGUUUAAACCCACAUACCACAUUUUUUUAAUCAAUCACUACCAAAAUAAGUUUAUUUUAGUGAAAUAAAGGUCAGCACAGGUUCAUUAUCAGAGGACAUGUUGCUGAUAUCAAGAGUAAAAAGGACCAGCACUGUAUGUUUAAGCCUGUGAAGCCUUAAUCUGUGUUAUUUUUCUAUGCAAAUAUUUUGUAUUUUUGUAUGUUUUCAAAAUCAUUAGCACGGACACAUCAUUAAUCACAGUGUAAUAUAUAUAUGUAUAUAUCUAAUCACUUUAUUUUUCAGCAACAUGUAAAGUUUCGAGUGUACUUGUCAUGUUUAAUGUUCUUUUUAUAAUGGCAUUUUUAAGCAUCACUCUGUCACCUUUUAAUUGAUCUUAACUAUGUAUAUUCUGUUAGUACAAGCUCGAGCUGGACUGGAGCCGUGCUGACAUGUAAUAAAUAAAAACACAAACUAUCAAGAAGA